CAGAUGCGUUUCAAACGCGCAGUGCCGGGUUUAAUAUAUCAUCCGUCAAUCGCUGCAAAUAUCCCCUUCUCCUCAGCCACAUUUUCACAGAUGGUGACUCUUUCCGUGCGUUUACACUUUCUAUUUACUUUUUUUGACGAAACAAAGAGCUGGCCGGCGCAACGGCGAUUUGUAAGCAAUACGAAAAAAGCUUUAAAUGAUCCUGGACUGAGCUGAGAUGAGAUUCACGAAGGGAACCUAUUAAGUUUUGUACGCUGACAUUAAACGGCAGAAUCAGCCAGAAGCUCCCUUAGCAACGCGAGUUAAAUCGUUAUUCCUGGAUGAACUGACGGUUCAACUUUGAGGAGGCUCUGCAGUGGGCAUCGCUCACGAGAAAUGAUGAAGGCGAGAGGAAGGAGUGCGCACUCAAGGAGGCUGUGAGGUGAUACUGUAACACAUUCAACAGCGUUCGGCGGAGUCAGCACGUUGUGUUACAUCGAUGGACUGCGGUGGUGGAUGAGGGCAAGAUCUGAGGAGCAUGGGACCAGUACGCGUUGAACAACUGCGGUGUGUGGCAGUGGUUUUAAAGGGCACUUCUCGAUCUAACUGAAACCUACCAAGUACUAACUCUACUGGAUUUUACCCAAAGGGAGGCUAUUCAAAACCCAUGUGGUUUAGACAUUUCCUUCCCGGAUUUGGAUACUAUCCUUAUUUUAUGUGUCCAGCAAAACGUCAACGGUGGUAGAUUUAUUCCCUAUUUCUUUACAGAUUUUUUUAGAAGGUUUGUUCUCUUCCAGCCCCCCUCCCCCUUUUUUGCACCUGCUUUGCUUUGUCAAAGCUCACCGAGCGCUUUAGAGCGCGCUGCUCUUACUUGCAUCUCCGAACAUCGUGCAUGGAUUCUACAUGCACUGGGGGUUUGUGAGGGCUGCAGUGAUGCUCCCAUUUACUGAUAUCACCUCAAAGCUCGCAUUUCCUGACAGAAAUGGUGCUGGAGUGUUAAUGCAGCGAGGCCAAAUGAAUGACCGCACCACUGGUGUACUGUUCUCAGGUCAGAGGAAGUGCUGUUAGACAAGAUAUAAUCCAGCCAGCGAUUGCCCAUAAAUGUUCGGGGAGAGAAACUCAGCGGGCAUUAAAUUAUGAAUGUUGAACAAGAUGACCUCUUACCAUCAGCGCCAGAUGUUGAGAGGUCCUAGAUGGAAAGGGGCUUGGUUUGACCCCUUGUUUCUUCUGCUUCUAGCCCUGCAGUUGCUUGUUGUCGCUGGACUGGUACGAGCCCAAACCUGUCCUUCUGUAUGUUCCUGCAGUAAUCAGUUUAGUAAGGUCAUCUGCACACGCAGAGGGCUAAAGGAUGUCCCUGAUGGCAUUUCCACCAAUACACGGUAUCUAAACCUUCAGGACAAUCAGAUCCAGGUCAUCAAAGUAGACAGUUUCAAGCAUCUGCGACACCUUGAAAUUCUUCAGCUCAGCAGAAACCACAUCCGUAACAUUGAGAUUGGCGCCUUCAAUGGGCUGACCAGCCUUAACACUCUGGAACUUUUUGACAAUCGCCUCACGACCAUCCCAAAUGGCGCCUUUGAGUAUCUAUCAAAACUGAAAGAGCUGUGGCUUAGGAAUAACCCUAUUGAGAGCAUACCGUCUGAUGCCUUCAGUCGCUUGCCCUCCCUGCGGCGGUUGGACUUGGGAGAGCUGAAGCGUCUCUCCUACAUUUCCAGUGGAGCAUUUCAGGGCUUGAGUAAUCUUCGAUACCUGAAUCUGGGCAUGUGUAACCUCAAAGAGGUUCCCAAUAUUCAGCCCUUGAUUCGUUUGGAUGAGCUGGAGAUGUCCGGGAACCAACUCACUGUCAUUCAGCCCAGUUCUUUUAAGGGUCUCGUCCAUCUUCAGAAGCUGUGGAUGAUGCACGCCCAAGUCCAAACCAUAGAGCGGAACUCUUUCGACGACCUGCACUCUUUACGAGAGCUCAACCUGGCUCACAACAACCUUACCUUUUUGCCCCAUGAUUUCUUUAUGCCUUUGCACCACCUGCAGCGAGUACAUCUGCACCACAAUCCCUGGAACUGCAACUGUGAUAUUCUUUGGCUGAGCUGGUGGCUGAAAGAGACUGUACCAACAAACACAAGCUGCUGCGCCCGCUGCAAUUCCCCUCCGAGCCUCAAGGGGCGGUACAUCGGUGAGCUGGACCAGAGCUACUUUCAGUGCUACGCACCCGUUAUCGUCGAGCCACCUGCCGACCUCAAUUUGACUGAAGGAAUGGCGGCAGAGCUCAAAUGUCGGACGAAUUCAGUGACCUCGGUCAGCUGGCUAACACCAAAUGGCUCCAUCAUAACACAUGGGGCGCUAAAGAUGCGCAUCUCCGUCCAAAACGACGGAACGUUAAGCUUCACCAACGUCACCAUCCAGGACACAGGAACCUAUGCUUGCAUUGUAAGCAACAUGCUAGGCAACAUUUCGGCCUCUGCUGUUCUCAAUGUGACAUCCGUUGACAACAGCGGCGUUAGUUACUUUACUACGGUCACUGUAGAGACAAUUGAAACCGUUAUCGAUGGGGAGAGCAGGACACCAGUGCAGCCAUCUUUUGGCUGGGCGUCCUCUUCGACCACAAGGGGAACACCUAUUGCCACCGAGAGAGCGUACACCAUUCCUGUGACUGAUAUAGACAUUGAUGGCGCUCUCAAUGGUUUGGAGGAGGUGAUGAAAACCACCAAGAUCAUCAUUGGCUGCUUUGUGGCAAUCACACUCAUGGCGGCCGUCAUGCUAAUAAUAUUCUACAAGAUGCGCAAGCAGCAUCACCACCAGGAUCAUGAUGGGCCGAUCCGCACCAUCGAGAACAUCAACGUACACGAGGAUCUGACGAGGGUUCCGGCCUUGGGGAGUCACCUGACUCUCUCACCCCUGGAGCAUGAGCAUUACAACCACUAUAACUCCUACAAAACUUCUUAUAACCAUGUGUCUGCUCUCAGCUCGCUGCAUAGUUCAGUUCAUGAACCUUUAAUAAUCCAAGCCAGCUCAAAGGAUAAUGUGCAGGAGACGCAAAUUUGACCAUGUCGGAUGAACCAAACUCUACUAAUGCUGUUUAAAUUUUGGUUCGGACGCGCUGUCGUAAUGAAGAUGACAGUGUGCAUUAAGACAUUAAGCAAUGUCAGUGAGAGCCAGGGUGUAUAAUUAUUUUACAAGUGUCUUUACAGAUCUUAUUUAUUUAAAGAUAUGUGAAGUGACUGAAUCAUGAAAUCAUUUUCUUUCUUUUUUUCUUUUUCAUUUUGAGAACUUGGGAAAUGAAUGGUUUACUUUUCAUUUGUUGGUAGAAUUAAGGUCAGCUGCCAUGAUUAUUAGAGCAAUGAGACAAGAGUUGUGUUUUUGUUUUUUAGUUGUGGCAUAUUACAUCCCUUCACACCAAUGUGUUUUCGUUUUUUUUGAGACACUGGAAACAAGAACUGGCCACUGAAAAAAGCAGACUUUAAAACGCAUGGAGCACUUAGAUAUGAAUGGUGGGGCUGAUGGAUGGGGUGACUCUAGAGAGGUGUAUAAAUGGUUACGUUUCCUCAUGAAAAAUCCUAUUACUGAACAAAAAAAGAGAACGCUUUCAUUGUCAGUGCCAGGAUUAUUCUGCAAAUGCAGCUUGUGAGAUAUUACAUAUUUCUAGUAUUUAUAGAAGCCAGUGUUCGGAGCACACAUCAAUUAACUUCAGUUCAGAAAACAGGUUUGCAUAAUUGCCUUGAAUUACAGCCCUUAAGUCAAGAUAGUGUCUAAAAGCUGGCACUGGAAAUUCAGCAUUUCAGGUUCAGCAUUUUUUUUUUUUUCACAAAAUAUAUUUAUAACUGUAAAUGCCAACAACCUAUGAAUAUAAAAAUGAAUUCUUUAUACCAGUGAACAUCAGGCUAUUACAAUUACAGCCCCAAUGCCACAUGUGUGUGGGAUAUAAUAGUAUGUUAACCAAAUGCAACAUAUGAAAUAACUCUUGAGUGGCUGAGGACAAGGCAAAAUGAUUUCUAAGAUCGUUUGUUGUGCGAGUUUCAGACAAAAAUGGCUAUGAGGAACUAAAAAAUAGCCUGCUAAUGUUACUAUGGAAACCAAUGACCUACUGAAAAAAAACCACACUGGACACAAUCAGAGGGCAGCCCAGUGCUUAAAACAUUUUUUUUUUUUUUUUUUUAUAAUUGCAUUAUUUUCAAUAGAGCUUAUUUGUAAACCACUUGUUUUUACUGUGUAUGUGUUCUUUUAUAUGUUUGUGUUAUAUCUGCCAUAUACCAUAUAGUUAUUCUUUUACCAUUGUCUAAAGAAUUGUAUGUUCUGUUUUGUAUUUUGAAAUCACUUUUCAAUGUAAUGGAAUGGUUUGACUCACCUAACAUGAGUGUGUGAAUGUAUCGUGUGUCCAUAUGUGCAAAGUUGUAUGUUUGUACGCUCUGCCAUGAAACUCUGUUUUUCACCAGUUUGUGUAUUGCUUUCUCAAAAUGUUUCUCAGCAUAAAAGCUGAUGUGUGAUGUCUCUCUCCCCCUUUUAAUCAUUUUGGACGGCAUGAUAAGAAGAUGUGAUACUGGUCUCACCAGUCAACUGCUGAAGUAAACCUAAUAGGUUCAUUUGUCAAAGGCAUCAGAACGGUACAUGAAGUAUAUACCUCUAAUUCAUCACAUGAGUUGACAAGUUUCAUUUUAAAUAGAUGUGUUUGCCAGCAGGGAAUUCAUCACACAACAUUGUGUAUGUAAGGUUUUAAUCUCACAUUUUAGCAGUGAAUUAACAGAAUCAUCUACUGAAUGUGACAAGAAAACAUAUUUCAUCUUACAUGAUUCUUUUUGGAUUUAAUUUUACAUUUUCAUUUUUUGGUGGCCCCAGAUGUUUCCUUUUACCCUCAUUGCCGUUUAUAUAUGGAAGAUGAAUUAUUAUCAAAUGAUGAACUUGCUUCCCAGCAUAGGUGUUUUUUUUUUAUUAUUAUUCAUUAAUUUUUGUAUUCAAUUAAAAAAAAUGCUUCUACCUUUUUAUUGUACAUAAUAGAUGGGAUAAAUUGGGAAACUAGAAAAAACAGCGUAGUGCUGUUAUAAAAAAAAUAAAAAAAGAGGACAAUGUCUCUGUUUUCAGAGGGUCUGUAUAUGAAUGCUAGCUUGCUCCUAUCUGCUUCAGUGUUCCUGAGCACUGCAUCAGUUACAGAAGCUACUUGACUAGAUCAUUGAAACCUACAUGGCCUACAGUACAUAGAAAAUCUGUGGUGUUGGACUAAGCAAAUUCUCUUUUGUUUUCUUCUUGUGAUCUGUUUGUUAUUGGUAACUCAUUUUAGAUUUCUAUGCUGAACUGAAGUGAUUUUUUUGGCAAGAGAAUGUCUCUUUAUUGACAUAUUUCUACACGAACUGUUAUUGAAAAAUAACCAAUCAUAUUUCUGUCAACUACACAUUUGCUGAUCAAUUCAUAAUGCUACUGUAUGGGGAUAAAGCUAACUAAACGUUAACCAUGGAAAAAAAUAAAAUAAAAUACCAGAGAUUGUAGUUCAUACGGUCCAUGCUGUAAAUGUAAAUAAAAUGUUUUGGUUUUUUUCGAAAGUGUGAAGUGCUGGGUGGGACUUUUCAGAAUUUGACGUCAUUUGCUUUGGGUUCAUGGUUAUUUCCACAAAACCUUUCAUUCGUAUGUCUCUUUUCUCUCUCUAUAAUAAAAAGAAAAAUCAUUUCAGACCAAUAACAGCUGGAGAAUCACACCUCGAACAGAAAACAUUAUUUUAAUCUC